AUGUCACGCCUCUAUAUUGUCACAGUGCUACUGCUACUUGUUCCCUCGGUCUUGUCAGCGAGCACAUUUUUCACCGUUACGUCACGCAAAGUAAAGCGCACCGGAAGCUAUUUAAGUGUACCACCUCCACUGCCACCACACCCCCAAUCUCAAUCACACGCUCAAUCUCAACCUCACCAUCCACCGCCACCUCAACCACAGCCACAACCAUCCCCGGCCACUGCUGCCUCACAUCGGGUGGAACACGAACCUUAUCCCUACGAAGACAUUAACGAGCACGAUUAUCACUCUCAGCCAGAAAUAGACCAUUACGAAACCGAUUUCAAGCCCACACAAACACUUUCACACUCCAAUGUACACAGUGCCCCCACCUCUUCGAAAUUUCUCAUUGACAAUGGUCUGCGUAGCAUAGCCAAGGGGUCCGCCGAUCAAGCAAACUCUGCAGUUGCCAGUCAAAAUGCUGCCGGCAAGCAAGCCGCCUACGUGGCGAAGAGUACGCUAGCACAGGCGGCCGCGCAAGCAGCCGGUACCGCAGUGGCUGUGCUCAAAGGUAAGGAGGUACUUUUGCGACGACUCGAAGAUCAAAAUGUAGACGAACACAAAAACUUGGAAGGCGAAUUGUCGCAACUGCAACAGGCGAAACGUUCGGCCAAGACGGCACAAUAUGCCGCACAACAAGCCAUUAAUCACGUAUCGGUGCUAACGGCGACGCUUAACAAUGCACAAUCUGCUGCGGAGCUGACACAGAGGGCAGCUUCUGAGGCAGCUGCAGAGUUGGCCUCACAAAUUGAUAUGGUGGCACAAGCUAAAUCGAAGUUGGAACAAAUAGAAUCGCAACUCUACACGGCGCGUCUGGAUUAUGAGGAGACUAAGGAAGCGGCAGAGAAGGCCACAUCGUCGGCGCAAGAGGCGCAAAUCAAUGCUAACGAUGCAGCAGUGCAUGCGAACGUGGAACUCAGCGAGUCGGUGAGUGUGGAUGCGCAUGAAAAAAGCGAUUACAAUGUGGGCACGGUGCUUGCUGUAGACUCCGUGCAACAUGACAACGUUGGAGGGACGCAUAAGAAGAAAUAA